GGACUCGGCCUACCUGUAUUUACAUCCCGUUUGACUUGUCUAAUAAUAGCGUCAUGGCUAAUAAGGCCAGUAAGCUUGUUUUGAUUUCUCUCUUGGUAUGUUCUGUUGGCAUCGUCUUCUUUCUUCUGAGUUUUGGGACUGGGAAUUGGCUGGAAGGUGGUAAUCAAGGUUUCCUCAGCAUGGGAUUGUGGGAAGCCUGCUUCAAGAACUGGCGUUACUACAAAGACCCUACGCAAAACCAGUACGACGGUUGCAGAUGGAUGCUGUCAUCUGAUUUUGAUGAUAUCAGGGAGUGGAUUUGGCCGACAUGGUUGCGGGGAGUACAAGGCAUCAUGUGUGUCUCCCUGAUUCUAGAGAUUUCUGCAGUUAUUGUCUACGUCGUCGUUAUGUUUCACAUGUUACGACAGAAGUACUUUUUCAUCAUUCUUUUGGGCACCGCAGUGGCAAACAUCAUCUCAGCGUUUUUCUGUUUCGUGAGCAUGAUCGUCUUUCACAUCAAGGCCCUUAAUGAUCUCAGGUGGAUUGAGAAUAACGAAAAACAUAACCAAGGCUGGUCCUUCUACAUCCUCAUACCAGCCAUGUUUUGUUUCGUCAUUUCCGGUUUGACAACUUUCAUGUCCGCCUGGCGUUUCCGAAGAGAUGCAAAUGAUCGGCCAGUGGCAAUUCCGUACCGGUCUUGAAAAUGUACAAGUCAUAGUGCGAUGUCUCAUUGCCAGUAGAUAAAAUGUCUGGUACGUCGCUAAAUGAUUGUAGUAGGCUGCAGAGCUAUGUACGUCGUAGACUCCGAACAGAGGCGAUUAAUUUUUUUUCCAGAAGCCAGUUGUAUAGUUACUAAGACCAACAUUGCCAGAAUGUGGUGCUUUUGAUCUCUUGUGCAACGUUUAUUUUUUAACUAGAUUGUUUAAGUUCUAGAAAAAUAUACGAUUUUGACUUCUUUUAAUUUUAAGCAUGACAGUUUUGGUAGCCUUAAGCAUAUGUAAUUAUAAUUACCAUGUUGGCAAUUUCAAAAACAAACGCAAACUUUUGUGCCAAACAGUUUAUACAAUAUCUAACAGGUUCUUGGUAAUAAACAAUACAAUACAUUGUAUCUGCAAAUUAGUCGAGGAGAAACGAGGCAAUUUGUCUUUUUAAAAGAUUUUUUUUAAUUUUUGUCUUUUUUAAAGCAUUAAACUCAAACUCCAAUGGUCCCGAAGGAUAUACAAAGUGAUUUAGUUUGAAAGUGAAUGUUAUGCAUAUAUGUAUGUUUUAUCUGCGAUCGGUUUACAGGUAUUAAUUACCAAUCCAGUUCCUUUUUUUAUUUAAUAUUUAUUUUUUCAGAAAGUCAGGGAUGAAAUUCUUUUCAUCUGCAUGUUUUUAAAAAGAUUUUUUUUCUCUCGGCUGAGGGGAGGGGGUCCUUAUAAACUUUGUCAGUAAAUCAAGUAGAAAUUUUUAAAUCUUUGUGUUAACUGUCCACGAUGCUGAUUUGUUAUGGAGUAUAUUUUACUUUUAUAAUGCAUAAUUGUGAUAAUUUAUUUUGUGUGGGGUUUUUUUAUAUACAUGUAUAAAUUGACUUAUACAUGUACAUG